CCAUCGCAACGUCCAUGCUCCGACCAGCAUACAAGUCUUUGCGUUCUCUUCGGUCCUUCUCCACUACAGCAUCAGCCACGAUGAAGGUCCUCCCUGUUCAAGCACGCUCCGACAACUGGAUGUACAUUGUCGUCGAUGAGGCGAGCGGCGAGGCGGCCGUCGUCGACCCGUACGACGCGCCCAAGCUCGCCCAGCGGGUCAAGGAGGAGGGCGUGAAGGUGUGUUGGGCGGUCACCACGCUUAUCACGACGCACCACCACAACGACCACUCGGGCGGCAACCUCGCUUUCCUUGACCUCCACCCUGGGAUCAAGGCCGUCGGCGGCUCCAACCAGGGCCCGGGCACCAACACCAUCGUCAAGGACGGCGACGAGUUCAAGCUCGGCUCGCUCGACGUCAAGGCGCUGGCUACCCCCUGCCAUACCCAGGACUCGAUUUGCUUCUUUGUCGAGGACAAGGCCAAGGGACAGCGCGGUGUGUUCACUGGCGACACUCUGUUCCUCGCUGGCUGUGGUCGCUUCUUUGAGGGCAACGCCGCGGAGAUGAACGCCGCGCUCAGCAAGCUCGCCAAGCUGCCCGAGGACACGCUCGUGUACAACGGACACGAGUACACGACCGGCUCGGCCAAGUUUGGCCUUGCGAUUGAGCCCGAAAACGCGGCGUUGAAGGGCCUCUUCGAGCGCUCCCAGACGGACAAGGUGACGACGGGCAAGUCUACCAUCGGCGACGAGAAGAAGUGGAACGUGUUCAUCCGUCUUGACACGCCCGAGGCCAAGAAGGCCACUGGCGAGACUGAGCCGCUCAAGGUCCUCGCCAAGCUCCGCGAGCUCAAGAACUCGUUCUAAACAUACCGCCACGGAGGUACGUGCGAACACCAUGCCUUAUGCAUGCUGCGCCGGGGUAAAAUCGCCGCGCACGGCCAGAAAAGGCCUGCCGAAAGCUAUCAUAGGUACAUCUCUGGGUUGAUGCAUCAUUGUUGACGCGG